CCUCACGUCUGGUACAGUCAUCCCAAGCCCCUCCGGCGGGACUGUGAUGGCUGGAGAGAUGACGAUCUUAGGAUCAGCUGUUUUGACUCUCCUGUUGGCUGGCUAUUUGGCACAACAGUAUUUACCAUUGCCUACUCCUAAAGUGAUUGGAAUUGACCUUGGCACCACCUACUGUUCUGUUGGGGUGUUUUUUCCUGGCACAGGAAAAGUAAAGGUCAUUCCAGAUGAAAAUGGGCACAUCAGUAUACCCAGUAUGGUGUCCUUUACUGACAAUGAUGUAUAUGUGGGUUAUGAAAGCUUAGAGUUGGCAGAUUCAGAUCCUCAGAACACAAUAUAUGAUGCCAAGAGAUUCAUAGGCAAGAUUUUUACCCCAGAGGAGCUGGAGGCUGAAAUUGGCAGAUACCCAUUUAAGGUUUUAAACAAAAAUGGAAUGGUUGAGUUUUCUGUGACAAGUAAUGAGACCAUCACCGUUUCCCCAGAAUAUGUUGGCUCUAGACUACUGUUGAAGUUAAAGGAAAUGGCAGAGGAAUAUCUUGGAAUGCCAGUUGCCAAUGCUGUUAUUUCUGUACCAGCAGAAUUUGAUCUAAAACAGAGAAAUUCAACAAUUGAAGCUGCUAACCUUGCAGGACUGAAGAUCUUGAGGGUAAUAAAUGAACCCACAGCGGCAGCUAUGGCCUAUGGCCUCCACAAGGCUGAGGUCUUUCACGUCUUGGUGAUAGAUUUGGGCGGAGGAACUCUAGAUGUGUCAUUGCUAAAUAAACAAGGAGGAAUGUUUCUAACCCGAGCAAUGUCUGGAAAUAACAAACUUGGAGGACAGGACUUUAAUCAAAGACUGCUUCAGUACUUAUAUAAACAGAUCUAUCAAACAUAUGGCUUUCUACCCUCUAGGAAAGAGGAAAUUCACAGAUUAAGACAAGCUGUGGAAAUGGUCAAAUUGAAUCUGACUCUUCAUCAGUCUGCUCAGUUGUCAGUAUUACUAACAGUGGAGGAAAAGGACAAGAAUGAGCCUCAGAGUAGUGACACUGAACUGCCAAAGGACAGAUUUUCUCCCUCUGAUGACCACCACAUAAACAGUGUGUUUGGAGCUAGCCUUUCUGAAAAGAAAAGUGGAGAAAGUCAGGUGUUGUUUGAAACAGAAAUAUCACGAAAGCUCUUUGACGCGCUUAAUGAAGAUCUCUUCCAGAAGAUACUUGUACCUAUUCAGCAAGUGUUAAAAGAAGGCCACCUGGAAAAGACUGAGAUUGAUGAGGUGGUUUUGGUUGGGGGUUCUACUCGUAUUCCUCGAAUCCGCCAAGUCAUUCAAGAGUUCUUUGGGAAGGAUCCCAACACUUCUGUAGACCCUGACCUGGCAGUGGUGACAGGAGUGGCUAUCCAAGCAGGGAUUGAUGGAGGCUCUUGGCCUCUCCAAGUCAGUGCUUUAGAAAUUCCCAAUAAGCAUUUGCAAAAGACCAACUUCAACUGAAUUCUGGAGGGAUAAGAUUAUUUGUGAUUGUCUGAUGAGCCUCUUCCUCUUUAUCAGACCACCUCCAAUAAAAAAGAAAAUCUCUAAAAUAUCUCACAAAUUUACCUGAAAGGUAACAUUUAGAUACACAGAAUUUUACAUAACAUUUUGGUUUAGGAUUAAAUAAGACAGAUUGAUCCUAUUUGAUUUUGGAGAGAUCUCAUUUCAACAUACGCUUUUAAAAUUAUAGAAUUGAGGUAAAAGUGUUAUAGGAGCUUGGGUAACUUUGUUUUCUGGAUUCUGGAAGUAGAUAACCAUAUGCACUUAAAAUUACAUUCUGUAAAUAUUGCCUCGUGCCCAUAUUACGAUUCCCAGUUCUUACUAAAUUAUAUUAGCAGGAGCUGGUAAUGGAUUUACUUGGUUAUCAUAUGUAACUAUUAGUUUGAACUAUACUUGAAGGACAGUAUUGGAGUCAGGUUUUUACAUUGGCUGGGAGAUAGCAGUAUUAAUAUAAGCUGCAUGUAUAAUGUUCAGUAUCUGCCAUAUUCUAUAAUAAAUUUACUUUCACAAAUUCA